AUGGAGCAGUGGGAGCUUCCGGAUCUGCGCCCGUCAGUCGGCUACCAGCUCCAGCUUCAGGGCGGUAAUUAUCUUUCAGGACACAGCGGACUCGCACCCACCCCAAACCCAACUCCCGCUAAUUCUGCACGCAGCGGCAAUGGUAUCAGCACCCCUACCCGUACCACAGCUGUUACUUUGAAGCCUUGGAGCUACUAUACUUUGGAUUCUGUCAAGAAGAAAUACAGAAACACGGAAAGAAUACUCAACAAUCUUCUGGAGAUCUCUGAGAGGCAGAAAAACAGGUAUGCUUCAGACAUCGACGAGUUGAAGCAAUCGCACAGAUACUUGGCUAGUUUGAAGGAGUUGAAGAGAACGGUGGAUGAGGCAAAUGACAAGGUGGAUCGUUUGGCGGAGGAGCGACAAAACUGGAUGAGCUUGGUGGAGUCGUUGCAGUUCAAGAGCGUGGAAGAUGAGGUGAAGAUGGCAUCGGAGGACUCCAAGACUUCCGUUGAGAAAGAGUCUAAGCAUGAGUUUGAGCAUGAGUCUGAGAACGGAUCUGAUGAUGAUUCUCCGAACGAUUCUGACUAUGAGUUUAACGAUGACUCUGAGGAGGAGUCUGAGGGUGACGCUGAGGAGGAGUUUGAGGGUGAUUCUGAGGAAGAGUUGGGAAAAGGAAUCGGAGAGGAUCAUGAGAUGAAGUCGGAAUUGCGGGGAACUGAGGCGGUGGAGAACUCUGAGCAGGACUCUGAGGAGAACAAGGACAUGGAGUCUAUCUGCUCCGACGAUCUUUGGGACGACUGGGCUGAUGGGCUUUUGGCCAGGUGGUAA